UCUCUUUCUCUUGCAUACAUUUUAUCUUGCUAAAUUCUAGCCCUUUAGGAAAAAUGGAGAACUUUCCAAAGGAAACCGUUGUGGAAAGCAGUGGGCCAAAGGUUUUGGAAACAGCAGAAGAGAUCCAGGAGAGGCGUCAGGAGGUGUUGAGUCGGUAUCAGAGGUUCAAGGAGCUGGUUGCUGAGAGGGGUCAGAAGCUUGAGGAGUCCUAUCACUACCAGGUUUUCAGGCGAGAUGCCGAUGACCUGGAGAAGUGGAUUUUGGAGAAACUCAAAAUUGCAGGCGAUAAGAGCUACGAAGACCCAACUAAUAUACAGGGGAAAUAUCAGAAGCAUGAAUCCUUUGAAGCAGAGGUGCAGGCAAAAUCAAGAGUCAUUCCUGAAUUGGAAGAAAUCAGAAAAGUUCGAUUUGCUGAAGGUCACUUUGCCCAUGAGGACACCAAGGCCCAUCUGGAGGAACUGCGCCAUCUGUGGGACCUGCUACUGGAGCUGACCCAGGAGAAAGGAGUCCUGCUGCUGCGGGCCCUGAAGCUCCAGCAGUUCUUGCAGGAGUGCGCUGACAUCCUAGAGUGGAUCGGAGACAAGGAGGCUAUAGUGACAUCGGUGGAGCUGGGUGAGGACUGGGAGCGCACAGAAUUUCUGCACAAGAAAUUCGAAGAGUUCCAAGUGGACCUGGCUGCUCGAAAGGGGAGACUGGAUGGAGUGAACCAAUAUGCCAAUGAGUGUGCUGAGGAGGACCACCCUGACCUGCCCUUGAUUAAGGGAAAGCAGGAUGAGGUGAAUGCUGCCUGGGAGCGUCUUCAUGGUCUAGCUCUCCAGAGACGGAAAACCCUGUCCAAUGCCGCAGACCUCCAGCGAUUUAAAAGGGAUGUGACUGAAGCCAUCCACUGGAUCAAAGAAAAGGAGCCCCUAGUCACUUCAGAGGACUAUGGCAAAGACCUUGUUAGCUCUGAAGCACUGUUUCACAGUCACAAGGGAUUUGAGAGGAACCUUGCAGUCAUGGAUGACAAGGUGAAGGAGUUAUGUGCCAAAGCAGACAAGCUGAUGCUUUCCCACCCUUCAGAUGCACCUCACAUCCAGCAGAUGAAAGAAGAUCUGGUCUCCAACUGGGGGCACAUCCGAGGCUUGGCUACCAGCAGAUAUGAAAAGCUGCAGGCUUCUUACUGGUACCAGCGGUUCUUAUCUGAUUUUGAUGAGCUCUCAGGCUGGAUGAAGGAGAAGACAGCUCUGAUCAAUGCUGACGAGCUGCCAACUGAUCAUGAGAUUGACUCUUACGAUGACCGAUUUCAAUCUGCUGAUGAGACUGGUCAAGCCCUCCUGGAUGCCAAUCACGAAGCCUCUGAUGAAGUUCGGGAAAAG